AAAGAAAAACAUUUAAAUUGAUAUUUAAAAAAAUAAAAUGAAUAUGGAAUGAUGUUGUAACAAGUAGAAUAUGAAUAAAAAUCAUAGAAUGUGCAAAAAUAAUCAUCUAAAAGUUCUCCUGCUUCGCAAAAGAACUUUUGGGAGAAAUUGCGAUGCAAUUUUUCAGUUGACAAUUGACAGCGUUGACUGUGCUGAAACCUAUCUUCAGCUUGACGAAAAAUCUUAGCCUGUUCCUCCAACAGGAAGACUGCGAUUUGAGCCAAUGCGUCAGUUACGCGAACGAUGUGCACCAGAAACCAUUGAUGAUGAGCUGACAGUUCCUCGACGAGUAGGACGUCAGAAAAAUCGGGACAACUACGAAGGGAGUAUUGACGAUUACUAUCGUCGAUCAAUUUACAUUCCGUUCUUGGACAAAUACUCAGAACAGCUCGAGUCGAGAUUUUUGGAACAUAGGAAUAUUCUCUCCAGGAUACAAAACAUCAUUCCGGAGAAAUGUGCGGACAUUGAUGUGUCUGAAUUACACGAUACUGUUCAAGCCUUGAAAGAAGAAUGGCCAAAUGACAUCCCUGUAUUCACCGAAGAAUUCGAAGCAGAAAUUGAGUUGUGGAAAAGAAAAUGUUCAAAUCUUUCCAAAGAGAAGCCCAUAAAAACAUUCAUCGAAGCUUUGGACGUUUGCGAUGAAACAUUCUAUCCAACGGUAUACCGAUUUCUUCAGAUCGGUGCAACACUGCCAGUAACAGUGGCUUCGAGCGAACGGUCGAAGGUACACUACGGUACACUACGAAGGUACACUACGAAGAUUGAAGACAUAUUUACGCAAUAAGACUGGAGAGCAAAGAUUGAAUGGAUUGGUGCUUCUGAACAUUCACCGGGAUCUGGAAGUAACCUCUGACGCAAUAUUGAGUAUAAUGGCCCAAAAACCAAGAAAGAUCGAUAUUACAUUGUGAAAUAUUCAUGAAUAAAUUAUAAAAAUUCACAUUCAAAAUUAACUUACCUAACCCUCCCCAAAAAUAUUUCCUGCGUGCGCCCCUGGCUCAGAUGGUUGAUUCGUCAUGACUUCAGGUAGUUUAUACGCCACUACUUAUGUUUUAAAAUUAGUGGUUAAAGAAAACAUAUAAGUGAACACCUAAAAUGUCAAGUACUAGAUAAUAUUAAUAAAACGCUAAGUCCAAGCACAUAAGUUCUUAAUAACAACUGCAAAAGAGCUUACAUAACCGCAUUGAGUACACCGUGCACCGGAUGCAAUAUGAUGCCGUGGCACCA